CCCGACCACCUGCUGCUGCAAGACGCUCUCCGCAUCUCGCAGAACUUCCUGUCCAGCAUUAACGAGGAGAUCACACCCCGCCGGCAGUCCAUGACCGUGAAGAAGGGAGAGGUUCCCCGGGGAGAAGUGCCUCCUUGCUCUUCGGAUCAUUGGAAGCAGCUGCCUUCAGGAAUUGAGGAAAAUCAGAUGUCGCCUGGCAGUUCACCGGCAGCUGCUGAAGGACAGCUUCAUGGUGGAGCUGGUGGAGGGGGCCCGCAAGCUGCGGCACGUCUUCCUCUUCACUGACCUGCUCCUGUGCACCAAGCUCAAGAAGCAGAGCGGAGGCAAAACCCAGCAAUACGACUGCAAAUGGUACAUCCCGCUCACGGAUCUCAGCUUCCAGACGGUAGACGACUCGGAGGCUGCACCCAACAUCCCCCUGGUGCUGGAUGAGGAGCUGGAUGCCAUGAAGAUCAAGAUCUCCCAGAUCAAGAGUGACAUCCAGAGAGAGAAGAGAGCGAACAAGGGCAGCAAGGCCAUUGAGAGGCUGAGGAAGAAGCUCUCGGAGCAGGAGUCGCUGCUCUUGCUCAUGUCCCCCAGCAUGGCCUUCCGCGUGCACAGCCGCAAUGGCAAGAGUUACACGUUCCUGAUCUCAUCCGACUAUGAGCGGGCCGAGUGGAGGGAGAACAUCCGGGAGCAGCAGAAGAAAUGUUUCAAGAGUUUCUCCCUGACGUCUGUGGAGCUGCAGAUGCUGACCAACUCGUGCGUCAAACUUCAGACCGUCCACAGCAUCCCACUGACCAUCAACAAAGAAGGAGGACGGACGCUCACCUCUCUGGUCUCUCGCACAGAUGAUGAAUCUCCCGGGCUCUACGGGUUCCUGAAUGUCAUCGUCCACUCCGCCACUGGCUUUAAGCAGAGUUCUAGUCUGUACUGCACCCUGGAGGUGGAUUCCUUUGGCUACUUUGUAAAUAAAGCCAAGACACGCGUCUAUAGGGACACGGCUGAGCCCAACUGGAAUGAGGAGUUUGAGAUCGAGCUGGAAGGCUCACAGACCUUGAGGAUACUGUGCUACGAGAAGUGUUACAACAAAAGCAAGAUCACCAAGGAGGACGGCGAGAGUGCAGACAGGAUCAUGGGGAAGGGCCAGGUGCAGCUGGACCCCCAGGCCCUGCAGGACAGAGACUGGCAGCGGACCAUCAUCGCCAUGAAUGGGAUUGAAGUGAAGCUGUCAGUCAAGUUCACCAGCAGAGAGUUCAGCUUGAAGAGGAUGCCUUCCCGAAAACAGACAGGCGUCUUCGGAGUCAAGAUCGCCGUGGUUACCAAGAGGGAGCGUUCCAAGGUGCCCUACAUCGUACGCCAGUGCGUGGAGGAGAUCGAACGCCGGGGCAUGGAGGAAGUGGGCAUCUACCGCGUGUCCGGAGUGGCCACCGACAUCCAGGCACUGAAGGCGGCUUUUGACGUCAACAACAAGGACGUGUCGGUGAUGAUGAGCGAGAUGGACGUGAACGCCAUUGCCGGGACGCUGAAGCUCUACUUCCGAGAGCUGCCUGAGCCCCUCUUUACCGACGAGUUCUACCCCAACUUCGCCGAGGGCAUCGCUCUCUCAGACCCCGUGGCAAAGGAGAGCUGCAUGCUUAACCUGCUGCUGUCACUCCCGGAGUCCAACCUGCUGACAUUCCUCUUCCUUCUGGACCACCUGAAAAGGGUGGCAGAAAAGGAGACAGUGAACAAGAUGUCCCUGCACAACCUCGCCACGGUGUUCGGCCCCACACUGCUCCGGCCCUCAGACAAGGAGAGCAAGCUCCCCGCCAACCCCAGCCAACCCAUCUCCAUGACCGACAGCUGGUCCCUGGAGGUCAUGUCCCAGGUCCAGGUGCUGCUGUACUUCCUGCAACUGGAGGCCAUUCCUGCCCCAGACAGCAAGAGACAGAGCAUCCUCUUCUCCACCGAAGUCUAAAGGCCCAACUCCACCUCCAAGAUGCCGGCAGAACGGCCUGGGAACCUCCUAGGGAAACGGGCUAUCCACAGAGCGGGAACCGAACCUUCUAGAGGAGUCAUUAGGCCACCCCCCAGGGCCAGGCUGCUGCCAAGAGACAACUACCCAAGGCAAAAGGCCAAGUGGCCUGGGCAGUUCCAGGCCCCCCUCCGGUGGGGCCUGAGAACUCUGGGCUGGCCUCAGACUGUGGUUUUCUACGCCGCCACCAGAGGGCGCCCCAAGCCAGCCCUCGUGUCUCCGGUCACGGGCCUGGGCGGGACCAGGCAAAGGGAGUGGUUUUUACGAAUUUAACUUAUGAGAGUUUAAAGAUUUCUACUGGAUCACCUGUCGAGAUGCACCCUCUCCAGGGAGAAAGGAACAGGAGCAGAUUCCCUCGGUAUCGUGUCUUGAAUAAAUAACUGCUGCUGCUUUGUGCCCAGGGGCCAGGCCCUGUCCAGCGUGGGUGGGGGCGUUUAGAUUUCCCAGACUUAGAAAUUCGACUCCUGUUUGUAACAGGGUUUGAAAAGCUAAAUCUACACUGUGUAGCGCUUGACCCCUUUCACCUCCUUUCUUCUUUCUUUCUAGAAGGAUUUGUGCAGAAAUGGGUCUUCCUGUUCUAUCCUGUUGCUUUGUUUUUGCUGAUCACGUGCCCCUCGGAAGGCAGCUCCCUGCGGAGCUGCAUAACGUCCAGGACCGGACACCAGGGGAGGGAGGCCCAGGCUGCGCACUUUAUGGCUGGUGGUCUAGGGAAAGUGAUCCUGUUCACCAUCCCGACUGACCCGCCGGGCACGCACUCUCCUCGUCAGCUCAGAAAGGCCUUGAUCUCUGGCCUUCUCCGGCCUGUGGCCCAUCUACCCCCAAAUCUCCCUUGCCCUAAUCGUGUCGCACUCCCCCCCCCACACCCCAGAUCGCUUCAUUCCUCGCUCUUUGCUACACACACUCAGCAAACUUUUGUAAAGUUUUCCUCUGGGCAGCGGCAGCUUACUGACAGCUUGUUUUAAACUUUGAUCUGAAUAGCCUUUUGAUACUUGAAUAUUUUUAAGUUUUAUACAUAGUUUCUAAUUUUUUUCCUAACAGAUUCAGAUUCCUAAUAAGAUGUUAGAAUGUACUCUGUGGACAGUCUGUGUCCCAGCGGCAUCUCGUCUUCCUCUGAGCGCCAGCUCUGUUUCCAUCAGGAGCCACUUCUGAAGUCUCCUGAGCAUCUGGAAUUGGGGUCGGGGGGGAUUAGGAACAGGCUGGGCCGAGGGUAGGGGCUCCCAUCCCAAAGCAGGUGGAGGGACAGAGCCCCCCACGCUCCACACACCUGUGCAGAAGCCAGGAUAUGUGCCUGGUAACCCUCCUGACCAUAUGACUUAGAGGGAAGAGAACUGGGGAAACCACUAAGUAUUUUGAAGAAACAAGUCUGUGAAGAAUUGCAUCACUUUUUUCAAAAAAGGAAUGGGGGCGAGGAGAAACUUCCAUGCUGGACUUGCAGGAAGAGAGGAUGUAGCUGAACCGGAGGAGGGAAGCAGUGGCAUGACUCAGGAAAAGGCGUUUGCUUGUCACGCGAUUAGACCAGUAACAGGUGGCACUGUCCAGGACCCUUCCCGUGUCCCUGGCGGGGUGGGAAGGCUUAGCUGGUGUGUCAGCGGGCAGCUCCUGCCCGAGGUCGUGGCACACGGGGCCACGUGCCCCCCCAACUCUACCCUCCGCUCGCGGACCUGCUGAGGCAGGGACGGAAAAAGAAGUCACUCGAAGGUCUUAAGCCUGCAUACUUUAUUUAUUUAGUUGUACUUUUUUCUCGUGAGGAGAGCAGACCCACUGUUUUAAAGCAGUGCUGCUCUCCUGGGGGAUGAGGGCGGGGAGCGGGGUCCCCUGUGCUUUGCAUGUCUCUGGGAUCCAUGCGUUUCCCGGGCCUCCAGUCCCUGGCCUCUUCUGGCCUGGCUUCCCAUCCCCGUCUGGCCCUGCAGAGGGAACACACUUUACUUAGAAAAGCUAGACCUGGCCCCGGUUUCUUUUUCCCUGGAGUCUCAUGAUUUGCGUCUGUCGCAUUGAAACUGGAAAGCAAUCUCUCAGUGUCUGUGCCAAUUUUUGUUCCCUCCCCCCAUCUCCUUCCUCUAUUUGCUUUUUAUUUAUGUAGGAUGCAUGGUGUUUAGUGAUGGAAUGACCACUGUUUCUUGUUCAGCUGUCAAAACACU